UCCAAAAAGUCGAUCAAGCGAUCCUCCACUCCCACAAGUGCUUCUGGACUCCCCUCAGAUUCAUGCAAGCCGUUCAUGACAGGUGGUGAUCAGACUUCGACCUGCUGGCUUUCUGACCAAUAAUGCUGCUCGUAACCCAUCUCCUCCCCCAACAAUCUCACCCGCCCUGGAGUUGAGGUGCCAUGGGUGCCCGAGGCCCCUUUCUCCAACAAGUCUCUUGCCCACUGUGCGACGCUGCCACUGUCCACCCACGAUACCCAGUGUCCACACCUCUCGUUGACCGGUCAAGCAAUCGGCCGUUCCCACUGGGGGAUUGCUUAGCUGUUGUCUGAUCACUCAUUCAGCUGCCCCACCACGUUGCCUGCCUGCGCCAACUUGCCAGUUCGCAUCGAGCCAUCCAACGUCAUGGACUAUGUUAUCAACCACUGAAGCCAUCUGUGAACAAUUUUCCCGCUCCCUGCCUACCACUCUCACAUGAGUCCUACAGGCCGUCGACGAUGGCAAUGACUGCGGAGCUCGGUAUGCAGAUUCUCACCUAUUCUUGACCCAUCUGCGAUCAGGUUGUCGACUAACCGUGCGCUGCAGAUGGAAUUGCGCAAAUUAUGGGAGUCGCCAGCGCAGGCUUUCGUCUCUCCCUCAUUCUGAAUGCCAUCAGCACUGAAGCUGCUCACGCUGGCCAACAAGUUCAUGCCGUCUCCAAGGGCGUUACUCUUUUUUCCCAAGUCCUCAAACAGGCUGGAACCGCCUUUCAGACUCACGAUUCGGUUCAUUCCUACGAUGCGCUCGUUACCGCCAAAUCGAUUGCUGAUGACGGCACAAAGGUCUUUGAUGAGAUCAACGACAUGCUCGACCGUGUGCGAGCAAAACCUCUCAAUGAUACAUGGACCCCGACGGCUGGGCAGAGAUUCGAUUGGUGCUUCAAAAAACACAGGGUCACCUACCUGUUAGCUCAGCUCGAUAGCCUGAAGCUGAGCAUCUGUGUCAUGCUGCAGGUUUUGCAGCUAGGAAAGCUAAUGGCUUCGACCUCUCGCAAUGAUCCCCCCGAAGAGGUUACAAUCAAGACUGAAGCCAUCAGGCAAGAACGCGCAGAAGCCCAGAAUGGUCUCAUUGUGCGCUAUUGGCAUAUUAAUCAGAUGGACUACCUUUUUGAGCAGUCUAUGCAAGAGGAGGAACGCGACAGGCAGGGUGCCAUAGGCGGUCCCGAAGGCGACAAUGUUCCUCCAGAUCCUGUCGGUGGCAAUCUUCAGAUCGCCGUACGGCUUCCUCCACCUCAGUACGCCCUUUCCACGGCAUUGGUCAAACUUCCAAUCUAUUCCCUCGGAGAAUUGGAUCAGACCUUGGAUCGUAUCCGAGACUCUCCACGCGAUAUGAUUCACGUAUCCGAUCAAGCAAUUGACCCUCUCCUAGAUCGUUGGACGAACUGGCGAGAAAUCCGAGAGAAAAAACACCACAGAACAUCCGGGAGCCGCUAUGUGCCCUCGGUUCAAAAUCUGAAGGAAGACGAUGAGGACAGACCACUCCAUGAUCGAUUUGAAGAUCCGGAAAGUAACUCUCGCGGUUAUUUUAUUGAAGGCACAACGACUGAUUGGCGAAAGCCAAACUCGGCAUCUGCGCGACAGGAAGCAUCCCGGCGGCGGAAGCAGUAUUCACAGUAUCAGCCCAGCGUCAGCGCAGCAAGCAGUGAUAUGGAGGACUCUCCAGGUAGCACUGCUUCCAAGAAACCCUCAUCGAGACGACAUGUGAUUAGCUCCGGCUCCGAAUCAUCGACAUCGGAGCCUGAGAUGUCGUUUCCCAAACCAAGGAGAAGGAGCAGUGGCAGUCCCACAGCGGAACGGAGGUCCGGGACGAAUGAUGGGCCCCCUCUUACCCACGCAUACACAGCACCGACUCCGUGGAUAGGAGCAGUUGUGAAUGGUGCAGCGCGGCCACCUUCGGUGAUAUCAUCUUCUCAGUCUGCAGCGUCAAGGUUGUCAUCUCCGGCCUACCUCCCUCCAGGCCACAGACCUUGGGCAACACCAGACCAGAGUUUGAUGCACCAACAACAUCAUAGUCUAUCGUCCCCACUGCCUCCUGUGCACACGGCUAACGCUCUGAAUCCAUACGCGCCGUCGCCAGCGGGCUACCCUCGCUAUUACAAGCCUCCGCAACCGCCGCAACCGCAACAACCUCAGCCUCCUAUGCCCUACACGAAUCAAUCAAGUGGCCAAUUAAGAUAUCCAGCCCACCACAACGCAGGUCGCAUGCCGUUGCCACCCCGGCCCGUGUCGCAAGAUGGAAAACAAAGAUCGCCAUCACGGCUCUCUCAACAAAGCACAACCCCCCGCGCACAUGAGGUUGAUGGCAGAGAGCAUCCUCGAAGGCAUGCCAAAGAAAAGACGACGAAACAGAAUCUACGCGAAGGCGCUACCAAGGGUCUGUUGGGUGCGGGAGCGAUCGCGGGCUUCUUUGAAGCAUUGGAAGGGUUGAGCAUCUAAGAUGUUUCAUUGGUUUACUGGUUACGUGGGAUCUGCUGAUGCAAAGUACAUGUACGCUUUUGAGAGAAGGAACGAGUAUGGUUUCCACGAAUGAAUGACAUGUCUGAUAUGAGAUCUAUGGAUGCAAUGAGAUUACAUCAUGAGGUAACGACAGGACCAAGGAUACACAAUCCCUAAGGUAUGAAACGUCACGAGCUGAUCCGAGACGAGAUGACGAGAUGAUGUAUUAUAUAUAAUGGAAUGACCAGGUUAUUGCGUGGCUUUCUGGUUGUCCUGUGAAGCUCGAAGCGAGGGAGUUUUGGAAGAACACAAGAGAUCGUGAGAUCCAG